AUGCCCUCGCUAUUUUCGUCGCUCCUCGCGGCACCCUCAUCGCCGCCUUCCCAUCACCCUCGUUGCCCUCUCUCUCCCCCCAUCACCCUUUUUCUCUCGGUUCGUAUCACCCCUCUUAUCACCCUCACACUCUUCCCUCACAUCGUCCGUCACCAUCGCGUCACCCUUUCUCUCUCCCCUCACAUCACCCUCCUUGUCGCCGUCGCCCUCGCCUCAAAUCGCCCUUCCUCUCUCCCUUCGCAUCACCCACGUUGUAGCCCUGUCGCCCCCCAAAUCGUCCCGUCUCCCUCUCGUUCUCCCUCUCGUUCUUCCCGUCGCCCUAGAUGCAGCCGUCGCAAUUUCCUCUCCCACCCACCAUCACCCACCCCAUCGCCUUCCCGCUCGCCACAAAACGCCUUCCCGUCCCCCACCCACUUUCUCCUCCCAUCGCCUGCCUCGUCGCCUUCGCGCUCGCACUCAACCCCCUCCCGUCGCCCUUCCUCUCUCCCUUCCCAUCACCGACCUCGUCGCCCUCAUUGCCCAUUGUAUCCACCCGGUUCAUCACCGACCUCGUCGCCUUCGCUCUUGCUAUGUAAUGCCCUCUCCGCGCCCUUCCUCCCUCCCCUCACAAUCUGUCUUUCCUCCCCGCCUCCCGUUCCUCUCUCCCCUUCCAUCCUGUCGUUCCUCUCUACCCUCCCAUCCCGUCUUUCUUCCUCUCUCCCCUCCCAUCCCGUUGUUCCUCCUCUCUUCCCUCCUAUCCCGUCGUUCUUCCUCCCUCCCCUCCCAUCCCGUCGUUCCCCCUCUCUCCCCUUCUCUCCCGUCGGCCCCCUUGUCCCCAGCCAGGAGCUGGCGCAGCGUUUCGCGGCGAUGGGCGCGCGGCUGAUCCUCUCCGCGCGCUCCGCGGAGCGCCUGCAGGCGGUGGGCGCCUCCUGCUGCGGAACGCACGCGCCGGAGGGGGUGGUGGUGCUGCCGUUCGACCUCAAGGGGGGAGCGGACGUGCUGCACGACGCAGUGCGCCAGGCGGAAAGCGUGCUCCGCGGGGAGGAGGCGCGUGGAGAGGAAGGGCCCCUAAAUUCCCUUCUCCCCCUCCUCGUCCCCCCUCCCCCCCCACCCUUCCCCGCCUUUCCUCUCUCUUCCCCCCUUUCCUGCUCGUAUUUUGCCCCGCAUCAAUCCAUGUGCAGUAGCUCACAUGUGAAGACACUCCAGAGGACACUCUCCGGGGCUCAUGUGUUACACCUCUCCUUGCUCUCUCCCCCUCUCUGUUCCGCUCCUCCUUCUGCCUGCAUCCUCCCCCCCCCUCCUUCUCUUCCUUUUCCCCCCAUCAGGGCAUGUUAG